AUGACUACAAUAAGCGACUACGAAUGGUAUCUGCUACACGAGGGCGAGUACAGCUUUGUGAGGUCUGAUGAAGCUGCCCACAUGCUCGCCCAAUGUUUCCGACAACACCAAGACGCGGACUCUUUCAUCGAGCUAGAGCUACCCUUUGGGACUCAUAUUGUCAGUGAACAGACAACUGUGCUACGAGCACUGCAACUUUCGCAGUUUCUAGAGAAGAUCGCCUAUGUCUACCUCUGGCUGGAGAACUCUCAGAAGCCCGGAUGGGGGCUGUUUGCAGACUCGUUGUCAGAAUUUCGACCUUGGAUCAUGAAAGCUGUCUUCUUAACACCAAAUGCAUACGGCAAAGAUGUUGCGAAGAGUCGCGAAGUUGGAGCUCACAUCAAGAAUGUGCGCCCGGUCCAUCCCGAUGUAUUAGAAGUUGUUGCUGCCACUACUAGUGUUGAGCGCCUACAACUCCUGGGAUGCAACGGAGUUCCAGAGCUUCGGAUAUGCCAUGGCUGCGAAAGUCUCUUCUCUACAUAUAUGAUGGCCCGCUCGUACGAGCAUUUGCAAUCUCUAGAGCUUUCCGACCUCUACCUAAGUGGUAGCCGACUCCGAGGAUUUCUCAAGCGCGCCGAGAAAUUGGUGUGGUUCGAGGCAACGGAAGCGACCUUAACGGACGGAUCGUGGAAGUCGAUAUACCAGAGAUUGAGGAAGCUACCGCUCUGGCAUGUCUACCUCGGUCGAAAUUACCAGAAACAUGGGCCUCUCAAACCAGCCGUACUUCCCCACGCUUGCCGUGACGGCCACGCAAACAAGGGCAGAAAAGGAGCCUACCAUGACAAUAUCAACGUGCUACUCGAUGCUCUGAUAACGCAAUUUCACGUCUGUCGCGUGCACAGAGAACAGGAGUAUCGUGGUCCGAAGUACUUCGAGGUCUGUUUCUUUGAUAUCCCGGAAAUGCUCAAAGAAAUUUAUAAGAGCGAUAUACAGAGUUAUGCUGUAGAGCUAGAAGGGAACUGA